AUGGGAACAGCUCCAACUCAGGCUCGUAUCCCUCCCGCUAUUGGCGAUACCCGGCGCGCGACUUGCGGGGGACCCACUGCGCUUCGGAGGGGUAACUUCGGGCUUUACCCUGCCUCUCUCUUCAGUCGUUGCAAGUGUUUCCUCGGCUCCGCUUGGACGCCUUCCGGCCGCGCUGGACGAGAACUCGAGCGAGCGAAUCUGUUGACGUCAACGAGUGGACAUUUUUGCGCUCUCUUUUUGGUCUCCCCAAGAGGCAGAGAAGAAAAAAGGAUGGCCGUCUUCGCUGUCUUGGAAAAACUUCGGAUCCUGACGAUAUUCGUUCUGGAAAUGUGUCGGAAUAGCACAUGCAGUCCCUCUGCCAGCGAUGGAAUCCAGGACAAGAAACGCAUGUCUAGACGUCACAGUCCCUCUGUGGUCCUGGAAAAUGCGCCGCAUAAGCCCGGGCAUUGGCUUCAUGACAAACGUUACGUCUCGCGGCUGGAAUGCCGGAGUCCUCCGGUGACCAGCAACAAUUCCUCCGGAACUCGCUGUCCGGUUGUGGUCCCGAUGGAAGCCGGAGCCAGUCUGGAACGCGUGAUCAUUCGCCUGCAUGGAAGCGUACGAAACCAUGCAGCGCCCGUCUGGACAGAAUAA